GUGACUGUUUGAUUUUUAUUCAACUUGUCGGUGUCAUUAUAUGUUUGUUUUUAAGAAUAUUUAAGUACUUUAAUAAAUAGAUUUAAAAAAUGUCGGCACGUUACGAUAGAGCUAUCACUGUUUUCUCUCCAGACGGUCAUUUGCUACAAGUUGAAUAUGCACAAGAAGCCGUCAGCAAAGGCUCAACUGCUGUUGGAGUUCGAGGCCAGGAUGUUGUUGUCUUGGGUGUAGAAAAAAAAUCAGUAGCAAUGCUGCAAGAGGAACGAACUGUACGCAAAAUAUGUUUACUCGAUGACCAUGUAGUUAUUGCAUUUGCUGGGUUGACGGCUGAUGCUCGUAUCUUAAUUAACAGAGCUCAGAUGGAAUGUCAGUCGCACAAACUAACAGUAGAAGAUCCUGUCACAUUAGAGUAUAUUACACGUUAUAUUGCUGGUUUAAUGCAAAAAUAUACACAAAGCAAUGGCCGAAGACCUUUUGGUAUAUCUUGUCUUCUUGGAGGUUUUGAUUAUGAUGGACAACCUCAUUUAUAUCAAACUGAGCCUUCUGGAAUAUAUUAUGAAUGGAAUGCUAAUGCAACUGGUCGAAGUGCUAAAACAGUUAGAGAGUUUCUAGAGAAAUACUACACUCCAGAAGCAGUGGCAACUGAACAUGAUACUGUUAAAUUAGCAAUAAGAGCACUCUUGGAAGUAGUUCAGUCCGGCAAAAAGAACUUAGAAAUUGCUGUCAUGCGCAAAGGUCAGCCUAUGGAAAUGCUAUCAAGUAGCAGCAUUGAAAAAUAUGUUGGAAUCAUUGAAAAGGAGAAGGAACAAGAAGCUGAAAAGAAAAAACAGAAAAAGUAAUUUAAU